CAAUAUCAGUCAAAAAUAAAAGUCAAAAUCGAAACUGAAAAUUGGCCUUAUAUGAAAAAUUAAAUGUUAAACAUUUUGAUUUUAAUGCAAAAUUACUCUUUUGUGUACUUGUUAAAAAAUUUCUGUCAAAAUUGCAUAAAAGGCGAUGGCCGAAUUGCUAUCGCGCGAAAAGGAAUUCAUCAAAUUGAAUCGAGAGUUGGAUCAGCUGGCCGUCACUUCAUUGGAUCAACAAAUACAACAGCAUCAAGAACAACUGCAGCACCAGCAUACGACUUGUAAUAGCGUGGCGGAGAGCGGCAGUGGCGGGAGUGGUGUAUAUAACGGUGUAUCUAAGCAUUCUUCUAACAAACAGGAGCAACGUUAUUUCACUUAUACAAAAUCCAAAGGACCAAGUACUUUGUUGAAGAAACGUGCUAUUGGCACUACGGUUGGUGGUGGUGGUUAUAAUGGAGGGAUAAAUGCCAAUGGCGCUGGUGACGGCGCUUGCGAUACACUUACCGACUUACCCACAGAACGUAACAAUACGAGUACAUACCGUUCGACCAGAAAAUCUACGCAACAGUCGUCCACAACCACCGCGCACAGUAUACGCCCAGAUGGUGAUAGUGUUUUGCCGGCACAUUCUGGGACUCCCAAAACCACACGAACAAAUAGUACAAUACAUAGGAAGCAUAUCAAGAGUCCCGAUAGUGCGACACGCACCUACGGCCGAGGAAGCAAUUGUAAUUCACGAGCUAAGGAGCCGGCGUUCACGGUCAAAUAUCGUAAUCCCAAAUUUGUGCAGAGUCCAUCUCUAGAGGUACUAAUCCGUGAUGAAAGCGCAGCGAUACGCACAAAAGGCAGCACGGAGUUCGAUGGUUCGACGAUCAACGAUGGGGGGUGCACUUCGCGGCGUUCAAUGGACAUAGGAAAGAAGCAUAUUAGUACCGAUGGGCUAAUUAAAUUUCUUAAAUCUAAAAUAGUCAUACUCGAAGAGGAUCACGAGCGCAUUUCACAAGAGAUGUCGAAUCAGAAGGAGAUGCUGGAAAAGACAUUGGAACGCAAUAAAAAAAUUGAGCAACAACGCGAUCAAGCAUUCGCGAAACACAAUGCAAUUGCUGAGCAGCUGACCAAAGCUGAGUCCCAGCUUGAAGAGGUGAAUAGACGUGCCAAAGAGCGCAGCAUCGAACAGAAUGUCCAACAGAAAGAACUAGAAGCUGCCCGUCGUGAGUUGAAGGUGUUGGCGCAAACGAAUACUAACCUAGAGAAGCGAUUGUAUCGUGCUAAUGAAGAACUGGAAAAUACGAAGAGUGCGUUGGCGGUGUUAAAGAAUGCCGAACGUGAGCUCAAAGACUCGUUGCGUGUCGAUGGCGAGGCCAAAGACAAACAAAUAAAAAGUUUGAAAAAGCAACGAGCCGAUCUGCUUAAUGCUUACAAGAAACAACUCUUUCUGAUCGAUAACCUCAAGCGACAGAAUAUUUGCAUGGAGCAAUCAAAAAUGAUCAAUUUUGGUGAAAAAGAAUUCACUAAAGUAUUGGAAUGGAAUACUAAGUUAUAGACAAUGGAAGAGAAUUUGUGAUGACGAUGCCAUUUUGUCAAUCAUUUUGUUUUUUGCUUUAUCAAUUUAUCAAUGUCUAUGUCUAUGCACUGAUGUUCACCUAUUAAGUCCAACUAUAGUGCUCCCAAAAUGUACGUGAACGUUUUACAAACAAUUUAUGUGUGAGUCUGAACCAUUUUUGUGGUUUUUACGAAUAAGUAAUUUUAAUUAAAAUUGCAUUUUUUAAAAUGCUAUGCACUUUAUAAAUAUCGAAAAAAAACAGAUG